AGAUUAAUUGCUGGGUUAAACAGCAUUUUGAAUUUUGAGUAACAUUGCUGUGUUCAUUGUGAAGUUAAACAUCGAUUGACAAUCUUGACAUUUCAUUGCUCUUUGUUUGUUUGGCUGUCAGAGAGAUAAAUCCCGGGUUAGUGCUGCCAUCUGGUGCCCACAGUAAAUAGAACUAGUAUCAGUUUGCAUUUUGACCUAUUAAUAUCUCGAGCUGAACUUGUAUUUGUGCAGCAAUCUUGUGACUGUGCUCACAGAGGAAGGGCAUUUCAUUUUAAGUCUCUUUAUUUAUCAAAUAUUAUAUUAGGCUAAAUCCAGUCAUGAAAGUGUUUACUUGACCUCUUGUUUUGAUUCCUUUUACCUCUUGGCAUUUCCAUUAAAGGGUGUAAUGUCAAAGGACAUGUUUCCAUUCACUUCCACCUCACUCCGCUCUCUGAGACUGGAGCAGGAAUUUCAAGAGUGGGAGGAUGCACGGCAAGCUUUGGCUCAUAGUAGAACCAUGACCAGGGCCCCGCUUCCUCCUGCCCCCCGGCCUCCUCCGAGGCAGCAGCGUCUCCAGGAGGUUCGAGCCCCUCCACCCCAGCACCGCUGCAGAGACACAGCCAUCCACAACACCUUUAUGUGUGGGGACAUUAAGGGAGUAUAUGCAGUACUGAAGGACCCUGCGAUGGUCAACGCCCUGAUGGAGACGGUGCAUGAGGAGAUGGUGUGGGCUCCAGAGAUGGGCAUGUGGACGCUGAGUUCAAAGGUGAAACAAACCUCAGCCUUACGCCUGGCUGCCAGCAGAGGACACACAGCAUGUGUGGAGGAGCUGCUGUUUCGUGGAGCCGAGGUGAACGCCGAUCCCGGAGGAAACACCGCCCUCCAUGAUGCCUGCAUAGGCGGACAUUCCAUUUGUGUCCAGCUCCUGCUGUCUCAUGGUGCAGAUCCUGCACUGUUGGCAGCAGAGGGCAGUGCUUCACUUCACCUCUGUACCUCAGCCCAGUCAUUACACUGUGCUAAGCUGCUUUUGGAAGGAGGUGCCGACAUCAAUGUGAGGACCAGAGAGUCACGGCUCACACCUCUGCAUGUGGCUUCUCGGAGAGGCCUUGAGGAGCAUGUGGAGCUCUUCCUCAGCCACGGAGCAGAUGUUUUAGCCACAAAUCGAGAGGGGGAGACGCCUCUAAAUGCUGCGUGCUCUGGAGCAGAAAGGCCAUCUGAGGCCGGCCGGUACCUCCGAGUGAUCCAGAAGUUGCUGGAUGCUGGAGCUGACCCCCGAACUGCUGGCCGGAAGCAGCACACUCCUCUGCACAAUGCCUGUGCAAACUGCUGCCACAGGAUUGUAGACAUCCUCCUGCAGCAUGGAGCAAAGCCUGAUGUUGUCAACUGUGCAGGAUACACACCAAUGGAUUGUUUGUUACAGGUGGUGGAGGAUUACCCGAACCAACAGCCUGAGGUUAUUGCACAAUCACUUCUGAACCAUGGAGCUAAACCAGUUUCACCAAAGAUGCUAAAGCAGUGCGUCCUCUCUCCUGCUACUCUGGAGGUGAUGCUGAACUCGUAUCCAUCCAUCCCUGCCUGUGACUGGAUGGACUCUCUGUCUGCUGACAUGUUGGAGGAACACCAGCCAUUCUUCCUCUUGGUGCAUGAGCAGCGUGGUCAGCCUCGUUCUCUGCAGCAUCUCUGUCGAUGGGCUUUACGUCAGCAUUUCAGAGGCCAGUGUCACUCUGCAGUCAGUAAACUAGACAUUCCCAGCUCAGUCAAGGAUUAUCUGCUGCUGCGUAAUGAUGGAACGCUCCAUUAAAUUUGUUUUGUGCAAUAUAUUUCUGACAGUAUGGUGCCUCUCUGGAAACAUCAUUUUAUAUUAAUUUAGAAAUUCCUAAAUCUGUUAAUCUAGAUGUUUUGAUGAAUGUGUUAUUCUUUUAUUCACUAUUCUUCUGUUGGACUGAUACUUAUAUGUUCUUGGUGUUACUGUUUUACUGCAAAUAUUAGUAACAGUGUUCUUGCAUAAAACUACUAAUACUCUUUUGAAGGUGUAAGAAAAGAAGAUAAAACUAAAAGCACACAGAGAGCAGACCUCCACC